AUUUAUUUAGCAAACGAUAGCAAAAAAAGAAGUGUUGAGAAUUCAUUUUUUUGGUGCCGCUGUUGUGUUAAAAAUAUAACUUGCUCCCAUCUCACUUUAGACGAAGUAACAUUAAAGGCAUUACAAGUCUUUCUUUAUACGCAGUUAACUCGUUAUAUAUUCAUGAAUUUUAUCCGUGAUUAUUAAAUCGAAUUAGCUUUGCUUAUUGUUGAACAAAGGCAUCAUAUUUCAAUGAUUAUGAAUAGGUUGAGUAACCAAAUCGGCUACUUGAUUUUAAAAGAAGACGGAGCUGUUCUAGAAUCAGGAGGAGAAUUAGAAAAUGAUGAGAGACGAGCAAACAUUUUUCAAGGCUUGGUGAAUAUAACCGAGAAUGUCGAUGAAAAUUUCAUGCCUAACAGUGGCUGUGAACGCAUCUCCAUUGUCUAUGAGGACCAUAGCUAUAAUAUUUGCAUGUCUAAUCGCCGCAUUUUCAUUGUAAAACUCCGCAAUACUAUGAGCCAUGUUGGCAUUACAGGCAGUAGCAAUAAUGGUAACGUAUUCUCGAGCUCUGAAAAUGGUGCCGUCCCGACCACAGCUCUGUUAACUUGAGAACCCUCACGGGCUGUCUGUUGUGCCUUUUGCGCGCACAGUAUACGCCAGCGCAGCCCGGCGUACCGCACCUACAAAGAAAAGAGCCAAUCUACACGUUUU